CAAUCAGGACAAGGCCCGCAGGGACAGCCAAUCAGGAUAAGGCCCGCGGGGACUGUCACCGGUCUCCAAGCCAGCGACGCCGUGCCAGGGAAAAAAACACCUGACCACUGACAGUAAAAGCAGCAACUGCUUAGGGCUUUGGAGUUUCCGGAGACCUUCAGGCCCCAAUCGUUGGAGGAUGUUGGCCCUUUAAUGGGUGAGCAGGGGAGGAGCUGGGACUUUUAAAGCCAGGAGCAGCAAACAGGUCCUGGCCCAGGCUGCUAUGGAUAACUUAAACAGAAUGGGCAGCAACAGUCAGGUGGUUUACCUUCCAGAGGCUGGCAGUGCUCUUUCACUGGAGGACACAGACAAGAAGGAAGUCCAGCAGCCUGCCAAGAUGAAAUGCCUUGAAGAGCCAGCUAAGACCUGUGGCCCUUUGGCUCCUGAGGAGGAGCUGGUGUCUGCCGGCCAAUUGGAAGAAGAAGAAAAUGAAGGGGAGGAGGAGGAAAAAGAGGAGGAUCUGGACCCAGAACUGGAGGAGGAAGAGGAGGAAGAGAAUGAUCUUGGGGAUCCAGCUAUACUUGGCACUGUCCAUAACUCCCAGAGAAUUCUGCUCAGCUCCCCUGGAGUCAAGGCCCCUGGAGUGCUGGGAACGUCACCUGCCUCCUUGCACAUUCCAUGGCAGACCCUGGACUACCUGUCACCCAUCCCUUUCUGGCCAACAUUUCCCAGCGCCAGCUCUCCAGCACGGCACUUUGGACCUCAGCUGCCACCACCAGACCCAUCUCUCUUCUGCAGCCUGCUGACCUCGUGGCCCGCUAGGUUCAGUCAUCUGACCCAGCUCCAUCCUCAGCACCAAAGGAUCCUGCAGCAGCAGCAGCAUAGUCAAACACCAAGUCCCCCAGCCAAGAAGCCUUGGUCUCAGCAGCCAGAUCCCUAUGCUAACCUCAUGACCAGAAAAGAGAAGGACUGGGUGAUAAAAGUGCAGAUGGUGCAGCUGCAGAGUGCAAAGCCCCACCUGGAUGACUACUACUACCAGGAAUAUUACCAGAAGCUAGAGAAGAAGCAGGCAGAUGAAGAGAUACUUGGACGAAGAAACCGGGUUAAGUCCCUCAGGCUGGUAACGCCUUACAUUCAGAAGGCAGAGGCUUAUGAGUCAGUGGUCCGAAUCGAGGGUUCCCUGGGCCAGGUAGCUGUGUCGACAUGUUUCAGCCCUCGCCGAGCUAUUGAUGCUGUACCUCAUGGAACUCAAGAGCAGGAUAUAGGAGUUGCAAGCAGUCAGAGGCUUGGGGUAUUAUACCGGAUUGAGAAGAUGUUCCUUCAGUUACUAGAAAUAGAGGAAGGCUACAAGGAUAGGCCUCCACAGCCCUGCUUUUCUGAGAAGCAAAGCAACCAGGUUGAGAAGCUCUUCCAGACCUUAAAGACCCAGGAGCAGAACAACGUGGAGGAGGCAGCAGAUGGCUUCCUGCAGGUGCUCUCUGUGAGGAAGGGCAAGGCCCUGGUGGCCCGGCUGCUCCCCUUCCUGCCCCGGGAUCAGGCUGUUACCAUUCUAUUGGCUAUCACCCACCAUCUGCCCCUCCUGAUCCGGAGGGAUGUGGCUGAUCAGGCCCUACAAACGUUGUUCAAACCUCUGAGCAAGUGUAUCAGUCACCUGACCCUCCAUGAACUCCUCCAAGGACUUCAGGGGCUAAUGCUGUUACCACCUGGCUCCUCAGAGCGGCCAGUCGCUGUGGUCCUUCAGAAUCAGUUUGGAAUAUCUUUGCUCUAUGCCCUGAUGAGUCAUGGGGAGCAGCUGGUAUCGCUGGAUUCUUCCCUAGAGGAACCCAACACUGACCGUACAGCUUGGACAGACAUGGUGGUUCUGAUUGCCUGGGAGAUAGCCCAGAUGCCUGCAGCCUCUCUGGCAGAACCUCUGGCUUUCCCUAGCAACCUACUUCCCCUGUUCUGUCACCAAGUGGACAAACAAUUGGUUCAGCAUCUGGAGGCCAGAAUGAAGUUUGCCUGGAUCUAGUGAUCUGUUUGUUCUGGAAUACAUGUAUCUUGGAAGUUGAAUCAUCAGACACUAGCUGCAUAGACUAUGUUUACAGGGAUCCAGAGAGUCUGAAGACAUUUCUUACAUCUUUACAUAUUGGAGAACCCUUCCCCAAACAUUUUCAUAUCCUUUCAUCAAGAACCUAAAUGAUGUGCCUAAAAAUAAGACAUGGCAUAGUAAGAUAAAAUUAAAGAGCUAAGAGAAUGA